UUCGCCAAUUUGACUAAGGCAUACUUGAAAUAUAUAAGAAACCAGAAGACAACAGGGGCAGCCUUCAUGGAGCAUCCUCCAUUUUUUGAGGAGGUCCACUCAAUUUUAGGUGAGAAGCAUAAGACUCAUCCCAAGCAUUUAGUGGACAGCUUGGAGGAUGAGCCAAUGCCUGAGGCCCCUAUGCCCGUGCAAGAAGCGCAAGUAAUGGAUGAGGGCGCUUCUUGCAGCUACACCACUCGAACGGAACCAGCCAUAACUGACCGGUUCAAAAACCUGAGAGACACUCCAACCUCCAGAACCAACAAAGGGGAUCUGGUUCUUCAGGAAUUGAGGAGCCACCAGGUAGAACAAAGGAGGCAGUUCGACGUGCUUGCUGCUCAUCUAAAAAAAACAGAGGAGCAGAGGGAGAAGCUCCUCAAUAUAAUGGAGGAAUUUUUCACAAGAAAGAGGAAGAGGCAGGAAGAUUCUGAUGGAGAAUAAAGGGGCCUUUUCCUCUUUCUUGUAAAAAAUUUGUGUAUAUUUUUGUUUUUAUUUUUAUUAUGUAUUUAAUAAAGUUCUUUUUCUAUGUAUAUAUUAUGUUAUUCUUGAAUUUCAGUGAUAUUUUCCUUCAUUCGUUUUUUUUGGUUUUGUAAGCUAGUGUGAACACAAAUAAAACUUAGCUUGUGCGUAUUUUUAAAGUGUUCACAUUUAUGAAAGGUCUGAAGUAAAAGACAUGAAAUAGAGGUUUAUAGAAUUUAAGUAACUAUGUGAAACCAUAGACUUUGAUGUUGAACUGAAAGAAAAACUUGUCAUUUAAAAUGAGGAGGCAUUUUUGUUUGCACAUUAUUGGCUGAUAGCUGAGCAUUCACUCCUUUUUACAGAAUUGUUCGUAGGUUUCUACAGAACUUAUGUUUUAAUCAAGAAUACAGUUGAUUUGGCGAUUUCAUAUUUUUUUGAAAGCAAUGUUAUGAUGCCUUCUGCGAUCUUCUAAGAUCUUGGAUUUUUCAUAAACGCUCAAAAAUUUAUUUUUAGCCAUUUCAACAUAUCCAAAGACAUUUCUCUCUGUGGAAGGAACUCGUAAAAAACAAUUCCAUUUACCGCUGCACAUUUCUUUUAUAUAUGUUAAAAUAUGAAUUGGACUGAUGAUGUAUCUUCCCUGAAUUUGGUAUGAGGGGUUCAAAAAAUACAUGAAAUCUAGAGAAACACUAAUUUACUGAGAAAUAUAUAUGUAAUAAGAAUCAUAUAAUAUAUAUAAUAGUAAUCUAUGUAAAAAAUUCAAUGUGUUGCAUACAAUAUUUUUUCUGCAGCCAUAAUCGCUAGUCAUUGUCAUUUGAAAACAAAAGAAAUAUACACCAAUGUAACAUGACAAACACUGUCAUAAUUAAAUACAAAGUUCAUGUUAUUGUCAAACAAAUCGUCCCAAAAAACUUCUUUCGAUACUGUUUUUGUAAAGUGUUACUUUCCAUUCAAUAAAUUAUAGCAGAAGUUCCAUUCUCCAGACUACAGCAGAAAAAUUCAUUACAUCAAAAACUGUUUGCGAUUACAUCUCUUUUCACCCUACCCUCUUGCUGAUCUUCCUCCUCUUGAUAAUUCAAUAUUCUAUCAGCACAUUCUAUGGGAGCCUCUUCAUCCCAUAAGUCCUUAUUAAUCAAACAAAAAUUAUGGAGAACACAGCUUGCUGUGAUGAUUUCAACCGUUUUACAAAUAUUAUACACAUUAAUAUAUUGCAGUCGUCUCCAUCUUCCCUUCAAUAAUCCAAAGGCAUGUUCGAUCUUCACUCUGUCUGCACUCAACAUAUAAUUAUGUUUUUUUUUGUUUCCUCGUAAGAUUAUUUCCUUUAUAUGGCGUCAUGAGCCAACUUCUCAGUCCGAAGGCACUGUCCCCUAUUAGAUGAAAAUUUUCAUCAAAAAACUUCUGCGGACCAUGUGACUCAAUUUGAUGAUAUAGUGAAGAAUUUUGAAA